AAGCUCACAAGAUUUUCUUAUUGGUCAGAGCCUCUAUUAGAAACACAUAGCAUAAUUUUAUCUUUAGCGCAUGUACUCAAUAUGUACUUAUACUGCAAUGAUACAAGUUUAAUAUAGUUGAUAAAGCCCACGUAACGCGACUAUCUAUUGUGCACGGUUUCCCUGUUAUAUGUUGACUUACUUAAGUUUAGCAUACUUUAUAAUAAUCGAUGAGCUCAUCCGAAGAGGAUAAUGAAAAUAUGUGCCGUCCAACGACACCGAAUGAAGCAGACUGUUGCGGUAAUGGAUGCGAUCCUUGUAUUCUUGAUGUACAUAAAAGACUGCUAGAACAAUGGAAAACGAACAAGCUCGCUGGCGUACACGAAAGGCACAAAAGGAAUUUAUUGAAUCUCGUAGAAUAUAAAAAGUUUAUAGUCACUGGCAUUGAAACUGCUUCCGCAGACAGUAUUUUCAUACGAUUAAAGUAUAAAGGAAAUAUUGAGCACUCUGCUCAGUUAUUUUUAAAUCCGGGACAACACGUUAUCUUACAUACGCCAACCCUAUCCAGACCUUUUACACCGAUAUUGUGGACACAUAAUAAUUUAUUGCUCUUAGUUAAACUUUAUGCAAAAGGUAGUUUUAGCAAUUAUGCUAAGCAACUAAAAAUUGAUGAUCAGAUUGAUAUUAGAGGACCGUACGGCGACUUUUUAUAUAAGAGUAACAGUUAUGAACAAAUUCUUAUGUUCAGUAUUGGAUCUGGUAUUGCAAGUCUUUAUCCUAUAGCGAAAUCAAUUAUUAUUGAUAAUGACGAAGAAGAAACGAAAAUACAUUUGAUCGCAGGAUUUAGAUCAUUAGCGCAUGUACCUCUUAAGAAAGAAUUAAGAGCCUUGGCAGAUUAUUGGAAUUUUAAAUGCACUCUACAAAUAUCUCAAGAUGACGGUGAUAUCACUUUAAACGGUUUAAAAAUGGAGCAUGGUCGACUGAAGGAGGGCAUUGUUCGUGAAUUAUUAAAAUAUCAUUCGCUCCAAACAACGUUAAUACUAAUAUGUGGAACGCCGGAAUUUAAUGAUGGUUUAGAAAAAAUAAUACGGGACACACGCUAUUUACACUAUCAUAUAUUUAAAUAGCAAUAUCGUCUCUAGUCAAAUUAAAAUAAUAUUAAAUUAAUAGAAGUAUGUCUUUAUUCAUUUAAACAUAGCAAUAACAAGAUUUUAAUACAUAGUUGAUUCUGUAGAUAAUCAAUAACAAGGGAUUGAGCAUGAUAUAUUUUCUCCACAAUUUGGACAUUUACCACAAAUAUGAUCAAAUACUAUCUCAUUUCCAGCAACGCCUUGUAACCACUGUAAUUUAUUUAUAUUAAUAAUAAAUCUCUUUAAAUUGUUAUAUUUA